AUGCAGACUCAGCAAGACCGAACCUCGCAGGAUCAUUCGCUCAACGAUGACGUGCUUGCCAGAGAUAAAGACGUGCUGAGCACAACAGAUAUCGAAAUCAAGGCAGCCAUUUCCGCGCCGGAAACAGCUAUUCCGUAUACGGUACUCACAAAAGCUGAGCGGCGCAUGAUCACAUGGUUGAUCGGGUGCAGCAUGUUCUUUUCUCCUUUUACAGCCAACAUAUAUUUCCCAUGCCUUGAGGAACUUCAACACGCUGUGGGCGUCAGUACCAGACUGAUCAAUCUUACCAUCACGACAUACCUCAUCAUUCAAGCAAUUGCGCCAGCCUUCUGUGGAGACUUGGCUGACCACCUCGGACGACGACCUGUGUACCUCAUCACUUUCGCUAUAUACGUCUGCGCCAAUCUUGGCCUCGCGCUUCACCAGAACUAUGCUACUCUCAUGGUCCUCCGUGGUCUCCAGAGCUUCGGCUGCUCCGCAACAAUAGCCAUCGGGUACGGAGUCAUUGCCGACGUGGCGACGCCAGCCACCCGAGGAAGCAUGUUAGGACCUGCCAUGGUCGCGACAAACCUCGGUCCAAGCAUCGGUCCUCUAGUUGGCGGUGUAAUGGCAUCAAGGACUGGCUAUCGAUGGGUGUUCUGGUUGUUAGUCAUUGUUGGAGCCACCUUUUUGGUGAUUCUAGGCAUUGUCUUCCCUGAGACUGGGCGCAACGUUGUGGGAAACGGCAGCAUUGCGGCACCCAAAUGGAACAGACCUUUUUUGCAGUCAAGCCGACAGCGACAGCUGGUAGCACCCGACGAACAACGAGAUUGGAAGAAGAGAAGUCUCAUACCCAACCCCUUCAAAGCUCUGCUGGUCUGUUUUCACCGAGACACCGCUGCGGUUCUUUCGAUCAGUGCUGUCUACUACGCCGCUUACUACUGCAUCCAAGCCUCUAUCCCGGCCAUCUUCACGGAGGUUCACGGUCUCGAUGAGCUUCAAGUCGGGCUAUGCUACUUUUCGAUCGGGACGGGGGUCAUCCUCGGCGGUUACGUCAACGGCAAGCUGAUGGACUACAACUACCGUCUGACGGCGAAAGCGAACAACAUUAUCGUUGACAAGGUCGUUGGCGACGAUCUAGCCAAAUUCCCUAUCGAGAAAGCGCGCUCGAGGUUAUGGUGGUUCCUAAUCCCUACAUCUACUGCAGUCAUUGCGGGGUAUGGAUGGGUUUUGCGCAAAGAAAUUGUAAGCCGUGUACACUGCCUACAUUUCCGAGAAACUGACGAGCUUACAGCAUAUUAG